GGAGAGGAUCCUGACGCACAGCCGGACGCGCUGGACACACCGGGAACUUUCAACAGUGGAACACAUCAGAGAAAACAUAUUUACUCAAAACCGGACAAGCCAAUUAGCGGAACUCUGCUGGAAUACUGAAACUUUGAAACUUUGCUGUUGAGCACGCACAGCGCCCACGGUCCGGACAAACAAGUUCUGACGCCGACCAGCGCUGCCAGGCCCACAGCAAGGCCCAGUGUGUGAUUAUGUGUGUGUGAGUGUGUACUUGAAGACUGCUGUGUGACUUUAAGUGAACAAGCGUCUUGCUGUGUGAGUGCAAGGCUCGUGUGAAGAUGAGGGCCGUUGCUCUGCUGUGUCUCCUGAUGGCCAUGGAGGUUGGAGCCUCUCGGAUCGUCCGCGAUUCCAGGGGUGGGAUUGAGGCUUCAGAACCUUCCAAGAACAACGCCUCCAUCCAACUUCCACCCUCACGGCCAGGUCGACCCCGGGGAUCCUUCCCCCCCAUGUGCAUAAAGCCUACGGAGAUAAAGUACGCCUUCAAGUACGUAAACACCAUCGUGUCCUGCCUGAUCUUUGUGGUGGGGAUCAUCGGCAACUCAACGCUGCUACGGAUCAUAUAUAAGAACAAGUGCAUGAGGAAUGGACCCAAUGUCCUGAUUGGGAGCCUGGCACUGGGGGACCUGCUUUAUAUUAUCAUCGCCAUCCCCAUCAAUGUGUUCAAGCUAAUAGCUGAGGACUGGCCCUUUGGGGUGUAUGUCUGUAAGUUGAUGCCCUUCAUACAGAAAGCUUCGGUGGGCAUCACCGUCCUCAGCCUGUGUGCCCUCAGUAUCGACCGCUACCAUGCAGUGACAUCAUGGAGCAGGGUAAAGGGCAUGGGGAUCCCACUGUGGAAAGCAGUGGAGGUGACUCUGAUCUGGCUGGUUGCCGUGGUGCUGGCAGUUCCCGAGGCGCUGGCGUUUGACAUGUUGGAGAUGCCGUACAGAGGCAACAAGCUGCGCGUGUGUCUGCUGCAUCCAGAGCAGAGCAACGGCUUUAUGAAGUUCUACCAGGAUGUAAAGGACUGGUGGCUUUUUGGCUUCUACUUCUGCUUCCCACUGGCCUGCACGGGAAUCUUCUACACGCUCAUGUCCUGCGAGAUGCUCAGUCGCAAAAAAGGCAUGCGGAUCGCACUCAACGACCACAUGAAACAGAGGAGAGAAGUGGCGAAGACGGUGUUCUGUCUCGUGCUUAUUUUUGCUCUCUGCUGGCUGCCCCUUCAUCUCAGCCGUAUUUUGAAGAAAACAGUCUAUGACCAAAAUGACCCCAACCGCUGUGAACUGCUCAGCUUCCUGUUAGUGAUGGAUUACAUCGGCAUCAACAUGGCCUCCCUAAACUCCUGCAUUAACCCGAUUGCCCUCUACUUUGUCAGCCAGAAGUUUAAAAACUGCUUCCAGUCUUGCUUGUGCUGCUGGUGCUACAGAACGUCUCCUCUGGAUGAACGAGGUUCAGGCGGACGGUGGAAGGGCUCUUGCCACGGGAAUGGACUGGACCGCUCCAGCUCCCGCUCUAGUCAGAAAUACACGAGUUCUUCAUAAACACACACCCACACAUUUAUCACACAUCUCCUCUGCCAAACCCACGUUCCCAUCAGCUCCUUUUACGGAGAAACAACGUUGUCACUGCUAAAAGACCGGCGAUCAGAUCCUUCUGAGGAGGGGAAGAUGGAACGAGGUAGAAGUCAUUUUUUACAGGACUCACAGCAGACUGCAAGACUGUAAUAAAAAGAUCGACCCAAAGUGAUGAACGACGUAACAGGACUGUACCUGUUCGUCCUGUAAUACCAACUGCAAACAAGUAUGAAGCUACAUAAAUCUGUUCAUACUCGACACUGAGGCUUGUGUAGAGCACUAAAAGUCUCUCAGUGGACUACUAUAGUAAAUACAUUUAUAGAAAAUGUUUUUUUAAGCUACAUGUAAAUUUAUGUACAGUAUUAUUUACAUGCAGAUUGCAGACCAAUUAUUAUAUUUAGCCUUAGUGCUUCAUUUAUGAAUAACAGCACUGAUGAGUAUUACCUGUUGAAGCUUUAAUACCUCACGGGGAAAGAUAGAGGGAAAAUGUGACCCUGAGCUAUUUUCCAAAAAGCCUCAAAGGUGCAAGCAUUUUAAUUUUCUUUUAAAGGCACAAGCACGUUCUCACUUACGAACAGUAACUUUUUUAUCUAGCCAUCGCCUGCAUAUUGUCAUCACUCAACACCCAUGUGCCCUGGUGACAUCAUACCAGAAUAAAAUGGGCUCCAGUCAUGUGGGGAGUCGAACAUCGGAAAUCUUUUAUCUGGAAAUCAUUGCUGCUUCAGGUCAUGUGGAGGGCAGCUGUUGUCCGAGAACGUUGACAAAUACCAGAUGAUUCCCAUCAUGCUACACAGAGGAGAUCAUUAUUAGCACUUGUAUUAUUGCAGUAAUCGUUCUGUCGUUGAGUGGUCUCCGAUUCCACUGUGUAAAAAGUCUUAAUUUCAAUGUAGCUUCUAUUUUUCUCAGAAAAUAUCAAACACAUGGAGCUUAUUUAAACCUCCACACGGGGUGAUCGGUUAUUAUUUUCAAUUAUUUGACCUCCAUCAGUGUGUGGUCAUGUUACAGAGAUUCCUAUGGCUGGAAACUACUUUGAAGAGCUGCUUAAGAAAUACAUUUUCUAAAACGGACCCCUUUAAAAGCUUUCCGAAGGUAAAAUAAAUUAUGUACAGCUGGGUGUUUUUAAGAAGUGAAUGUUCUUUUUAAUUUUUAUUUCUCUUACUACCUAAUGAGCAUAGAAAUCAUUUAGACGUAUCAGUUCUUUCCAUUAAAUAUAGUGGUCCAAUAAAUGCAGGUCAAAUUUAUUAUUGAUUUAAUCCAUCAACAUUUCGUAAAGGAGAGAUACAGGAAAUGAAUUAUGUAGUUGGAUGGAAUAGAAAAAUGUCCCCAGCAUAUUAUUAUAACUUUAAAGUUAGGACAUGUAGCUAAAGCACAGCACUCACUAGUCAUGUACUUGUGAUAAAUCUUGUGAUGCCAACAUAUCAAGGAAAACAGUUUUAAAUCAUUUGGGAAGACCUGCUCAUUCAUGCAAUAAAUCACCAUGAGUCAUGCGUUAGUAAAGUAUUACUUAAGUAUAUGAUGUGUACCAUUGUUACGAAGUGUUCCCAAAACUUUAAACCUAAAUGAAUCAAAGUUUUUAACACUGUUAGUAGUGGGCUCAUACACUGAUGUACAAGCAAGAUUAAUCCAUUUUAUGUGGUGCUUUUUUUGCUCUCUGUACAUCGUGACUAAGAUAUGGUGUAACCUCACAUACUGUAUGUAUCUUCUAUAUUACACUAUUUAAAAAUGUGUUUUUUACAACCUAAUUUGGGUUCAACAGCCAGACAAUUGGCCUCAUGCAAGAAUAUUUUUGUAUUUUUAUCCUAAACUUUUUUUGGUGAGAUUUGCUCUCAAAGUGUUCCAAGUCAGAUUCAAUGUAAUUACAUAACAAAUUUAGGAGCGUCAGUAGUAGGAGACCCAAAGUAAUUAAAAAAUAUAUAAAUCCAGUUGACGUGUUAGCAGAGCAGCUCUGGGCUGUGACAGAAAUAAGGAGGGAAUGCUUUGAUAUGCUAAAAUGUCUUUCUAAAGCAAAGCAGUCCGUGUUGGGAGGUGGUCAUGUUACAGUCACAGACAAUAUUAUAGUCUAGGUGAAGUUACACUGUCAGCUGCAACACAAGAGGAUACUGGACAGAGAGCUGCAGAGAGACACAGAGACAGCUGUUCGAGUGAGAAAAGUUUCCAACAACCAAUGAAAUAUCGAAGUUGCUCCACCGAAAUAUGCCAAUAAAAAUCAUGAAAUCUAAAAAAAACCUUUUGAUAAACAUAAUAUUAAUUUUGCAUUAAAUGUGUUAUGUUAAUUUUCGUAUCAUAUUUAAAUGUGAGGCAUUUCAUAAAAGACUGGAUUUAUGUUUAAUAAAUGAAUAGCCACUGUAUCACUAAGAGUUUGCAACAGCACUCAAAUCAGCUGAUCAUGCAGUAUGUGACUCACUAACUCAUCGUAUCUAUUUAAGCCAUCUUCGCCCUGUUUUUAGCUGCAUCUAAAAGAGACUGUGCUCUAGGAGAUCUGAGCAGCUUUGCAAGUAUAGGACCACCAAGCUACACAUUAAGAGGUAAUGUGAGGUUGAACUGAAAUGUAAUGUGAAUAUUGGCCCUGGUGUUUUGAAUUACAUUUAUAUUGUAUGUAUUUGUUGAGAAUAUGCAGUAAUAAAUAUUAUUUUAUAGCAUUGUGUCGUUUUAGUUAUUUACUGACCAACUACAGUAUAGUUCAUUAGUUUGGAGUCA